GCAACAUUGCGAGACUGAGUCAUGCUGCUCCGUCUGAAGCGCCAGCGGUCUUGGCGGACGCAGGUCGAGUCAUCACUCCUGUCGAGAAGUUGAUUGCCGGUUCAAUCAAGGCUACAGGACCGAUAUCGAUUGCACGAUAUAUGCAAUUCUGUCUGGGACAUCCUACUGAAGGCUACUACAUGAAACGGGAUGUAUUUGGUCAGAAAGGAGAUUUCAUCACGAGUCCAGAGAUUAGCCAGACGUUUGGAGAGCUGAUCGCUGUCUGGUUUAUGCAUGAAUGGAAAUCAAAAGGGAUUUCAUGUCCUGUGAGAAUCAUCGAACUCGGCCCUGGGCGUGGUACACUACUUUCGGACAUGUUGAGGACGAUGCUGUCCAUUGAAGGCAUGGCGGAUUGCUUGGCAACGAUACAUAUGGUCGAAAACAGUCGUGUCAUGCGAGAGAUGCAAAAAGGAGUCUUGCAAGCCUCAGCGGCUGCACAAAAUGUCCAACUGGAAUGGCACCACGAUCUAGAGGAAAUCGAUCCAGAUCGAAAUGUGUAUACAAUGCUCGUCGCACACGAGUUCUUUGAUGCGAUGCCUAUCCACAUGCUCGAGAAAUCCGAAGACGGAAUUCGGGAAAUAAUGGUCGAUCUCAUACGACCUGACCAACCCAAAGAAGGCGAAGCAGCAGAUGCGGAGCUCACACCUCAUCCCGGUGCAUUCAGUUUCCGCUUCGCAAAAUCUCCGCCAAACACUCCCUUGGCGGUUCUCCUCUCCCAGUCAUCAGCCCGAUAUGCGGCAUUGCCUAACGGGAGCCGGAUGGAGGUGUCGCCUCAGGUAUCGGCGGUUGCACAGGCUGUGGGAAAGCUGAUUGGCGAGCCUAAUAAAGGAGCGGCGCUUAUUGUCGACUACGGGGAUGACCAUGUGUUCGAUUCCUCCCUGCGGGCUUUUAGAAACCACAAGCAUGUCGACCUGUUUGAGAUCCCUGGAGAAUGCGACCUGACCGCCAAUGUGGACUUUGCAGCAAUACGCGAAGCGGUGGAAGGCAAAGCACACGUCCACGGCCCACUAACGCAGCGCGACUUCCUGAUGUGUAUGGGUCUUACUCAGCGACUUGACGCCCUCCUCAAAACGACCCAGACGAACGAGGAGAAGCUGACCCUUGCGCGGGCGGCACAGAGGUUGGUAAACUCGACUGGUAUGGGUGGAGAGUAUAAGUUUAUGGCUGUUACUACUGGGGAGGAGGUGCCGUAUCCUUUUGUAGCGAGGGAAAGAGUGGAAAACAAGGAAGGAGAGAUGCAAUAGUCCUAGUUAACCCAUGGAAUGAUCUCGGACAAUUGUUAUAUCUUGCAACGCUACUGGGAGUUAGUCACAAGCGCUCAUGCAUGUGGACCCUAACUAAAAUCAGCAACCAC